AUGGUGGCAGGUAAAAUUCCUAGGAAAACCAGUCCUGUUCCUCCGGUUGCUGUUAAGAGUCGUCCGAAUGGUUUAGCGAAGUUGCCGGAUAGAUUGAUGCAAGUACAAUUAAAUCCGAGACCACGAAGGUUUAGUUUAAUAUAUUCGAGUAGUGAAUCAUCUUUAUCGAACGUUUCUGAUGUAGAAUCCCAGAGGAAGCAAAGAAAGUACAAGAAUAUAACGCGGAAUAAUGCGAAAGGUAAAAGAAACCUAGAUAAUAGUUCGGGCAAGAAUGGGAGACUUAUACAGAAUUCUGCAAUAGCUUCCGAAGAUGAUGGUAUUGAUAGCACAGAUUCUUCCAAUUUUGCAGUCAUUCAGGCCAGUGGAGAUGAAGAAGAAGAAGAAGACGACGAUGACGACGACGAUCAAGAUGAUUCAAGCUCUAUGAGCAGCUCAGAUGACGACGUGGACUUUGUAAGACUAACUGCUGAGAGGAAAAAGAAGGCACUACAGGUACUUAAUAAUAUGAAGAUGAAGAGAGCAUCCGCUAAAUCGUUAAAGACAGUCUCCACAAAGAACGUGGUAGAACCAAAUAUGAGUGCGGUUUUUAAAAGGGAAAAGUCUCCAUUGGACGAUAAUUUUACUUAUAAUACAUCUGGCGAUGAAACCAAUGCGUUAGCGUUUAGUUUUAAGGAGGGAGACGGCAUCCAGUUUGGGGCUGAUGAUAUGCAUAAUUCAAGUGACGAUACUACCAGUGAAGACCUCGGCGAAGAAAUAAAGGAUGAUAAAAGCUUUCCUGAGGGAAAGCAGCCCAUGUUAUCUAAAUUUAAUCCUGUGGAUGAGGUGACGGUACCUUUGAUUUCUGAAAGCGAAGAGUCUGAAUAUGAUUUUGACCAGGAUGCUUAUUUUAGAACAUUGGAAGACGAUAACGAAAAUGCAACUGGGAUAGACACAGCUCUUGAAACAGCUGAUGAUGAUAUGACUAUACUAGAUGCUGAAGAAGAAAAUAUGAUGCAAGAACUGGCGAAUGAUGAUAAUCUAUCGUUUGAUGGGAGUAUACACGAGGAAGGUGAAGAUCCCGUUGAUAAAGAACCUGAAGAUCAAAACCACCCCGUAGACAACCAUGUUUUUAUACGUGAAGAUGAGGAUGAAGGAGAAUAUGAAGAUGAACUCAUGAGCGAUUUUGAUAUGCCAUUCUAUGAAGAUCCCAAGUUUGCAAAUCUUUACUAUUGCGAUAGUGCUGAUCAGUCUUUGCCAUUGAGCACAUCACUACCUUUAAUUAUAAAUGACGAAAAACGGAAAAAGCGGGAGUUGAAACAUUCAAGACAUUUACAGCACCGAGAAAGGCUGAAACGAUCGAAAUCGUUGAAAAGGGAACAUUCAGCUACUCCAGAUAUUGGAUCCGAAGAGUAUGUGUUUGGUUUAUUUUUUAAUUCCGAUGGCGAAAAUAAGCCGAUCAGCAACACAGGUAUUGAUUCUGCUUUACGCCGUCUAAGUACAACAGCUAUUGAUUACGAUGAAAAUUCAUCUGAUGAUGAAGAGUAUGAAAAUAUCCUUCUUGAUAUAGCACAUAUGCCAACAGAUGAUGAUAGUAUUGAUGUUCAGGAUGAAGAGAUCGACUGGGUAGAUGCUAGUGAUAUGGAUGGAAAUAAGGAUGACGACGAUGACGACGUUGGUAUGUCUAAAAUAUUCAUUGACAUUGACGAUCUAGAUCCGGACGCAUUUUAUUUCCACUACGGUUCGUCUUCUGAACGAGAGAAUAGCGAUGAUGAUGAAAGGAAUAAAGACUCCAAAAAAAACACCUUUAACUUGACGGAUGAUUAUAUUGAAGCAGUUGUUUACGUUGACAAUGAGUCAACAGAUGAAGAUGAGACGUUGCCUCCACCUAAUUCAAGAACAAGGAAAAUUGGCUCAAAAGCAAAGGAAGUUGUUAGUGCCAAUACGGUUGGUUUAAAGCCGCCUAAAUUGGGAACUUGGAAAACAGAUACCAAACCUUUCAGUAUUAUUGACGGACUAUCAACAAAGUCUUUAAUUCCACUCAUUCAAGAACAUCAACAGUUGCUAGAUGCACAAAAUCAGCAAGUUGCCCUUGGAAUCGAAGGUGGAAAUUUAGCGUCAGCAAGCGAAUUUGAUUCUGGAGCUGAAAAAGAAGAAUUAACACUGAAUGAGCUGCUGAAUAUGAGCGAGUUAGAUGACGAAGAAGGACAGGUUCCAAUUUCUGGUUGGUAUGAAAAUAACCCAAAGGUCCCACUAUCGGCAUUUCGGAAUAAAGGUGUCAAUGUUUAUCAAGAUGAAGAGUAUAUGCUACCAACUUUCUCAGCUAGAAAGUUCCCAAUUGGCUACAUUGGUAGUGAAAGGACUAGAAGGAAGAUUGACAAGAUGAAAGAAUUACAGAAGAAGAAUGACGAAAGAAAACGCAAACUGCGCAAAAGAAAGAAAUUGCUAAAGUUGAAACGGAAGAGAGCGCUAAUGGAGAAAGAGAAAGCAUUGAAAGUCGUUGAUUUGGAUUCUUCGAAUAUGAAUUCUGAUGCAGCUGUCCAGACCGGCGAAACAAUAUCUGGAGGAGAACUAAAACAUGAAACUCAGGUAGCCACAGUCUUACCAAACGAAGUCAAGAAUGGGCCCACAAAACCCAUGAACUUAGAAGGAAUUAAUAACUUGUUGAACAGUGAUCCUGGUGAAUUAGUUGCUGAUCAUGAUAGUGAAUUAAACGUAGUAGGUGCUGACGACGUUGAUAUUUUAGCAUCUCUCACAGCUCCGAUCUCAUGUAAUGACACCAAUGCCACAGUGAGCUCUGGUGUAGCUUUACGAAGAAGACAAUCAAUGGCAGAAACCGCAGCAGCUGAAAACUUGAGAUUUACUAAAAAUGGAUUAUUUAGUGAAAAUGCGUUGGCCGACCUGGAAGAAAUCAUGGGUACUACUAAUGGUGGGGGGAAUAUUAUAGAAUUAAACUAA